AUGCCAGCCGAUGUUGCAAAGGCCGUGCCAGGUCUCAAGGCCGAGUUUAGGAUUGUCAUGAGCCGACCGUCUAUGGCCACUGCCUCCAAUCAUCCUUUUGUCGAGCUUAUUACGGAUGUCGUUGGUGAUGUUCUUGGAACGAAGGCUACUCUGGCUGAAGCUGGCAUCGUCCUGCUGUUAUUGAGCCUGAAACGAGCGCAGGCCAGCGAACAAUUCAGUUCCGUCAAAUCCGCCUUCACGUUAACGACUUACUCAGUAUUCGCCCCAUGGAGUUGA